AAGAAGUAUGGCGACAACAGAGGGACUCGAGCCCCCUCGGACCCGAAGAAAUAGUAAUAGAAACAUACUUACAAGGAUCAGACAUGGUCAAAUCAAUGGCUGGGGAAUUUGUCGAAGCUCAGAGAUGUCUGAGGCCCUACUUCAGGAGAGGGACCAUCAGGCCCAGUGGCAUGGAAUUCCAGUGAUGCUGCAGAAACUGUAUGACAGCAGUCACCUUAACAGUGACCUCUCCCAGAUCCACUCCAUUAUCAAGGAAGUGGCAUCUUUUCUCUCCAUGGAGGCAAUGUCGUUUGUGACAGAGGACAGGAGAACAGCACAGGAGUCCACCUAUCCUAACACAUACACCUUUGACCUCUUUGGAGGCGUUGAUUUACUAGUGGAGAUUCUGAUGAGACCCACCCUCACCACACGGACCAAUUUCCCUAAAAUGAGUGAUGACCUCGUCAAGGAUUGUUUAAGUGUUCUGUACAAUUGUUGUAUAUGUAUGGAAGGAGUCACUAGAAGUCUGGCAUCACGAGACGACUUUGUCAUGUUUUUGUUUACACUAAUGUCAAACAAGAAGACAUUUUUGCAAACAGCCACAUUGAUUGAGGACAUUCUUGGGGUCAGGAAGGAGAUGAUCCAGCUGGAGGACAUCCCCAACCUGCCCAGUCUGGUCCAGAGCUUCAACCAGCAGCAGCUGGCCAACUUCUGCCGCAUCCUGUCAGUCACCAUCUCUGAGCCGGAAAUGAGCAACGAUGACAAGCACACACUGCUGGCUAAAAACGCCCAGCAGAAGGCCAACCUCUGCCCGUCCCACUCUGAAGUCAACCAGGUGGCCCUGCUGAGCAUCCCGAGCUUCAUUGAGCGGCUGUGUAAACUGGCUACCAGGAAGGUGUCUGAGGCCUCGGGGGCAUCCAGCCUGUUACUGGAGCUUCAGGACUGGUACACCUGGCUGGACAACGCCCUGGUGCUGGACGCGCUUAUGCAGAUGGCCACAGAGGACGCAGAGCAGAGCAGCACAGAGUCGUCAGACGAGAGCUCUCUGGCCACCAGUCCUCUCAGGCACAGUCUGCCCCAGUCCAUGAAGAUCGUCCAUGAGAUCAUGUACAAGGUGGAGGUGCUCUAUGUGCUCUGUGUGCUUCUCAUUGGCCGCCAGAGGAACCAGGUUCACAGAAUGCUGGCAGAGUUCAAACUGAUUCCAGGACUCAACAACCUAUUUGACAAGCUGAUCUGGAGAAGGCAGACGUCCACCCACGUCCUCCACGGCCAGAACCAGAACUGUGACUGCAGCCCGGAGAUCUCCUUUAAAAUCCAGUUUCUACGACUACUCCAGAGCUUCAGCGACCACCAUGAGAACAAGUAUCUCCUCCUGAACGCUCAGGAGCUGAAUGAGCUCAGUGCCAUCUCUCUGAAGGCCAACAUCCCUGAGGUGGAGGCUCUCGUCAACACGGACAGAAAUCUAAUCUGUGAUGGUAAAAAGGGCCUCCUGACACGGCUACUUUCAGUCAUGAAGAAAGAACCGGCCGAAUCCUCAUUCAGGUUCUGGCAGGCGAGGGCGGUAGAGAGCUUCCUGAGAGGAGCCACCUCCUACGCUGACCAGGUGUUCCUGCUCAAGAGAGGGCUGCUGGAGCACAUCCUGUUCUGCAUCAUAGACAGCGGCUGUAAGUCCAGGGACGUCCUGCAGAGUUACUUUGACCUGCUGGGGGAACUCAUGAAGUUCAACAUCGACUCCUUCAAGAGGUUCAACAAAUACGUCAACACGGAGGAGAAGUUCCAGACGUUCAUGACCCAGAUCAACAGCUCUCUGGUGGACUCCAACAUGCUGGUGCGCUGUAUCAUCCUGUCCCUGGACCGCUUCGAGAGCCAGACUGACGAUGUGAGAGUGGUGGAGGUGCUGGCAGAGUGCAGUCUGUUGUCCUACAUGGUCCGUGUGGAGAACAGACUAACUAUCCUCUUCAGGCUCGUCAACAUCAUCAACGUGCAGACGCUCACACAGGAGAAUGUGAGCUGUCUGAACACGAGCCUGGUGGUAUUGAUGCUGGCCAGGAGACGGGGCAAGCUGUCCUUCUACCUCAAUGCCCUGAGAGAGAAGGAGUACGCUGAGAAAUACCCCGGCUGCCUGCUCAACAACUUCCACAACCUGCUGCGCUUCUGGCAGCGCCACUACCUCAACAAGGACAAGGACAGCACCUGUCUGGAGAAUAGCUCCUGUAUCCUCUUCACCUAUUGGAAGGAGACGGUGUCGGUUCUGUUGGACUCAGACCGGACAUCACUUUGUGCCAUAGCCAGCUACAUCGACGAGGCCUACAUGGAUCUGGGAAGAGACUUUCUGGAAGUUUAGUCCCUGGGAAGCUGUCUCUGGAAAAGGGCAAAGAUGGGUGGAUGGAAAGAAGAUGGAUAAAAACGGAGAGGAGAGGCAAUGUCUCAAUCACCUAAAGACUGGACAUAUCAGAGCGCUCACUCCUCCACAUAGCUGUUAUUCAGGGAUCCAUAGGUGUACAGAAUGACUGUGUGCACAGUUUUGGGCAUGUGUAUGAAUUUUUGCAUUUGUGUGUGUGGAUAUGCUUUAGUGUGGGUAUUAGGUCUUGGUGUAGGAGUGGAUGCGUAUGCUUGUGUCGUGUAUGUGUGUUUAUAGCAGUGGAGGCUGGUGGGAGGAGCUAUAGGAGGACGGACUCAUUGUAAUGGUUGGA